UAGAUAGCUGGAGUUGUUUUCACAGAAGACAAAGAAAAUUUGUUGUUGAUUUGCAGUUGAAACGACCUUUUGCAUGAAUUGCAUGAAUAACAUUGGAACAAGGAAACCUGGCGUAUGUUUGUGGCUGUUACCUUAUAAGAAGAUGUAUUUCUAUGGUAUCCAUGGCAGCCCAUAGUGAUCGGUGACUGGAAAGCGUUCAAGUCAGUCUAGAAGGGAUCGCAGAAUGAUUGAGGUUCCCAUGACAAUGAAAGAAUCAUCCAAUCAGCUUUCAAGAGGAAGUUAAGAUGGCUUUAGAAUCCACCAGCCCUUUUCAGGGGCCAACCAAUAGCAGUGGUCGUCUCUUUGCGGAUGACAAUCAUGUGGAACCAUUUAAUUUUGCCUUCCCCGCUUCUGCAACACCUGUCUUCAACCUUUCUUCACACGCUAAUACAGUAUUAAAUGUAAGCCAUUCCACUCCAGUCUUGGGAGCUAAAUUCGAUGUUAACAGUUCAAUUAAGACUUUUGAAGAAAAGUUCGACAUUGACAGUAUUAGCUCUGACGAUAGAAAAAGCGGUGAAAGUGCUAGUGAUAUUUCUAAAUGUGAUAGUCAUGAUGCUUCAGGUGGAGUCAACUCUACUGUAAGUCGAGACAAUGAAAAAUGCAUAAAAUUCCGUGCAGGGAAUGCAAAUGUGCAUGACGAGGAGUCAUCGGAUAAUGAGGACUUGGUUGAGUGCGGGAACUGUGACGCCGAAUUCCAGAAUUUGCAGGAUUAUAUGGAUCAUACCUGUGCUGGGAAUAAAAGUGUUCAGAGUGGGACAGGAGAUAGAGAUGAUGAAACAGCUGCUGUCCAUAAGGAUUUAAGUGAUGUGGAAAGCUUUGAUGGUAAGAUUGUGUAUAACCAUGAUGGCUCAGCGUACAUCAUUGAAGGAGACUCGGAUAGUGAGCUAGAAAUGAUCAUUGACUUUCCAAAGAAAGAAGGUGCUAUAGUAGAUAAAAAAGGCAAAGACAACAACUCUUGUCAUGAAAAUGAAAUCCCCCAUAUAGACAAUGCAUUUUUUGUUCCAAGAAAUCCAAACUCGUUUUUGAGUAAUCCAUUCAUGUUGCAUUAUAAACCUCAUGCUACACCUAUCAUGCACAGCUACAGGGUGUAUGAUCUUCGUUCAGGCACACAUAGCAAGUCUUGGAAAUCAGACAUGUCACUGGACACUUCUCAGACUUCAAGAAGUUCUCCUUCAGAUUCUACCUCAGCUGCUACAUCUACUGCUUUCAAGUCAUUGACCUCAUCAUUGAGUGCACCCUCUGUACCCACUAAGCCAAUUCUCAUGUGCUUCAUUUGUAAACUUUCAUUCGGGUUUGUGAAGUCUUUCAUGUCACAUGCCACUACUGAGCAUGGUAUGGAGUUGUCUAAUGAAGAGAAAGACAUCAUGUCACAGAAGAAUUCUUCGGCAAUUAUUCAGGGUAUUGGAAAAGAUAAAGAACCACUUAUGUCAUUUCUUGAGCCAAUCAAAUCCUCUAAUUCAGAGACUGAAACAAAGGUGAAUUGUAAUGCCAAAAUAAGCGAAAAAGCAAAUCUUGCCAAGGAAACUACGAGUGUAAGCUAUGUUUACACGAAACCAAAGAUUUCUGACAUGUGUGAACAUUCUGUUAGGUCACAGCAAGAGCAGAAACAAGGGAAGGACCUGUCAAUACAUGACAUUAGAAACCAACUUGCUGGAUCUAAAUAUGAAAUUGACAGUCCCCAGGGUUUGAUUGCCAAUCCUCAGACCAAACAAUCUGAUCCAAAUGACCAAUACAAACAUCAAAAGUCUGACUAUAAUGACAGUGAGGAUUCUAACUCACAAUCCAGCUUUCCUAUGACACCUGCACAAAAGUACAUGCAAGACAUGGACAUCAGUUCUGAGUCGCCUAAGUCAUUUUUGCCUCCAUUUUCCCCCAGCCAGAGGAACUACUUUGGUGUCUGUGAGGAUCACCCCAAUGGUCGUGCUCCUGGGGCUGAAUGCCCAAGCUGUGAUAUGAUCUUAAGCUCCUCCCAGUCUCUAGGAGGUCACAUGACCAUGAUGCAUUCCAGAAACUCAUGCAAGACAUUGAAAUGCCCCAAGUGCAAUUGGCAUUACAAAUACCAGGAGACCCUUGAGAUUCACAUGAAAGAGAAGCACCCAGAGGGCGACCAGAAGUGUAUGUACUGUCUGACCAAUCAGACGCAUCCUAGGUUGGCUCGCGGGGAAAGCUACUCAUGUGGAUACAAACCGUAUCGUUGUGAGGUUUGCAACUAUUCCACCACGACUAAAGGUAAUCUUAGUAUACACAUGCAGUCAGAUAAGCACCUCAACAAUGUUCAAGAUCUUGCCAACAGUGGGACAGACAUGGCCCAGUUCACCAAACAUAGUGCUAUGGUAGGUCCACAUCAGCUGCAGUCUCAUCCCAAUCCCCCACGGUCUCACACUCCCACUCUUCCACCUCCGUCACCAACAGCAACAAAGUCCGCGCCACCACACCAGCAACUGCUCCAACAAUAUCAGAGCCAUCAGCACCAACAACAGUCCAGUCAGCAACAGCAGGACAUGAAGAAGGGGAAACCCAAGCCAACAUGGAGAUGUGACGUCUGCAAUUAUGAGACGAACGUGGCGAGGAAUCUGCGCAUCCACAUGACGAGUGAGAAGCACACUCACAACAUGAUGGUUCUGCAGCAGAACAUGAAGCAUAUGCAGAGGGACAUGCAGCUGCACCAGAUGAACCAACUGGUAAUGCUGCAGCAGGACCCUUCCUUCCUGGGGCUCACAGGGCCAAUCCCGGGUGGCAUCACAUUCCCGUAUGAGGGGUCCAUGAUGAUGGGGGGACUGCCCACUGGAUUUCCUGAAGCUCCCGUCGACCUGAGCAAAGAAAAUGGCCAUCACACAGUGGGGCCUAGCGGUCCAAAUGGUCCCACUGACCUUACAGACGUGAAUCGUCUGUUUCAAUGCAGCGUGUGUAAUGUGUUCGGGACGGACUCUUUGGAAUCCCUCCAUCAGCAUCUUCAAAUGGACCGCACAAAGGCCCAUGAAGGGGAAAACAUAACCGUUGCCAAUGGGACCUACAUGUGCAGCCUGUGCCAAUAUAAGACUACCCUGAAGGCCAACUUUCAGCUCCACUGCAAGACUGACAAACACAUCCAACGUCUGCAGCUUGUCAACCACAUCAAAGAGGGAGGAGCGACCAAUGAAUGGCGGCUCAAGUACCUCAAUGUCAGCAACCCUAUCCAGGUCCGCUGCAACUGCUGCGACUACUACACAAACAGCAUCCACAAGCUUCAGAUCCACACGGGGAACCCCCGACAUGAGGCAAGCGCCCAACUGUUCUGCCACCUUCAGCAGCAGGAAAUUCGUGUCACCAAGAAGGAGAAGUAUUACCACUGCAGCCUGUGCAAGUUCAAUGCUCGGACCAAGCUGGGGCUAAUGCAGCACGUGCAUUCGGUGCAGCACCUGCACAGCGAAGGCCUGAAGCAGCUUGAGAUGAAGGAAACAGGUCAACUGGAAGUUGAUAUUGGGGACAUCUUCCAGGUCAAGGUUGCCAUGGACAUCGACAGCAUGAAGUUUGAUGACGACGCCAACACACCUUCCUCUAAUGGUUUAACUGACGAGGACAGUAACUUCACAGAGUCCGACCACGCUGAUGCUAAAGACAGAGUUUUCACCCCAGCUUCCCCUUCGCAGAGCAUUAACAACAACAACAACACCAUCAAGCAGUCAAUCAAUGCUUUGCUAGCAAAAGGUGAUGUGAGAAGUGAGAACGACAGUGAGAUGCCCAUCAAGUCUCACUUGCUGACCUCUGCCAACACCCUGCUGACCCCCGCACACCACCAGGUCAACAACAAGCCGUCUGCCGAGUCGCUUCCAUGCCCGCUCUACCAGAAACCAUUCAGCGACAAAUCCAAAGUUCACAACCAUGUUGGUUCUGAUCACCAUGUGAAGAGUGAGGGAUUUAGGAAGUCAUUGCUUGCACUGGCAGAUGAUUCCCAUGACAUGAAAACAAAGAUGGCACCGAUGACGUUUGCAGACGUUUCACGGUUGCCCCAGGCGACGAUGAAGCUGGUGGCAUCAAUGGAGGUUGAUAACAACAUGGUUGAAGCUCAUUGGGAAAAGUUGGCACAUGAAGAUGCCAUUGACAUAACAGCAAUGUCUGAGAAGGAUGUUGAUGACCACUUCCGCUGCCAGACCUGCUCAAAGUCAUUUGUGAACAUUGACCAGCUGUAUUCCCACCAAAAUGAGCUCGGCCACCUUGAAUUGAAGCAGACGCCUCGUGGCCCGGGAUACCUCUGCUGGAAAAAGGGAUGUAACCAGUAUUUUAAAACUGCUCAAGCACUACAAAUGCAUUUCCGUGAAAUCCAUGCCAAGGUGUCAGGACUGAGCUCCGCUGCCAAAGCUGAGUACAAAUACCACUGCAGUUUGUGCACAUUGGGUUUCAAGUCGGAGCAUAAGCUGAAAUAUCAUGCUCAACUUCAUCUCAUAAAAUCCGCCAUCACGUGCAACUUGUGUGCUAAGACGUAUUCCUCCAUUGAAUUGCUCAGAAAACAUGUUGAAACAUCCCAUGACCUCAGCGAGAGUGCUAGAGAACAGUAUCAAGCAGAAAUAGAUGCAAACACACUUUCUUUCUCCACAUUUUUUAUGGAUCCAAAACUUGCCAAAGUGUUCAUAUUGCCAGAGACCUUUAAUCAGAAAUCAGGCAAUGAGGCGGUCCUUUUGGAAAAUGGUAUUGCUGAUUCUGAUAAAUCCUCAAAGGAUGUUUCUCCAUGUACAACACCUGCAUCAGAUGAGAAUGGGUUUGAUCAGGAAUCGAUGGAUGAAUCCAAAGAGUUUAUGGAAGAUUAUAUGAACAGUAUGGCAUUUGCAGAGAAUUCAUAUGAAGACCCAAAUCGCAAAUUCAAGUGUCAUCGCUGUAAGGUUGCCUUCACCAAACAGCUGUACCUGUCAGCACAUAAUAAGACUAUUGUGCACAAGAAAGGGGAAAAGUUUAACUAUCCUAUUGAGAAAUUCAUGGAUCCUAACAGACCGUACAAAUGUGAUGUCUGCAUGGAGUCCUUCACACAGAAGAAUAUACUGCUAGUGCACUGCAACUCAGUUUCCCAUCUUCACAAGAUGAAACAACACACGAGUCUGGCAGAUUUUCCAUUAGCUUUAACACCCACCUCAUCAGGUCCUGUGCCAUCAACUGCAACUGCAUACUCAUCUGCAGCAGAUACAUUACAUACCUUUGCUGCCACAUCAACAUCUGCUACAAGCUCAUCAGAAAAGCACUCUUCCAUGAAAUCAAGGGAAGCCUCCCCUGCUGAGGAUGACAGCAUAAAGCCGUACAAAUGUAACAUUUGUAAAGUGUCUUACAGCCAGGGCUCUACACUAGAUAUUCACAUUCGUUCAGUGGGCCAUCAGACAAGGGCUUCGAAACUUCAUGAGUUGGCCAUGAGUGGGGAGAUUGACCUCACUAGACCACUGAUUGAAGAACCAAUUGACAAAUCUUUCCAAGCUCAACAACAGAAAAUGUUAAAUGAUUUCCUCACAAAGCAGACCUCACUGUCCCAGCAGUCCAUGCUAUUCCAAGGACUGCCAGGGCUCACAAGUUUUCCUGGGUUCCAUGGUCUGCCAUCAUUGCCAGGACUUCCUCUGCUACCUGGAUUACCUCCCUUGUUGCCAAUCUCAAUCCCCAGCCACAUGUUUCCACAGUCAAUGGCUCUCAGCAGCCUAUCUAGUCAAUCUCAGUCAGGCAAUUCAAAGGCAAAGUUAUCCUCUGUCGUUGAAUCAACAGCAUCUACAAAAUCACUGGAAAAGAUCUCUUCGCAUUCUCAGCAUCGAGAUUCAGUAAAGAUGUUUUCUGGCCAUGUUUCUCAAGCCGGAGGUUCCACAUCGACCACACAGCUCUCAGGUAGCCUUCAGGUGUGUCAUCGAUGCUCGGCAGUGUUCAACUCAGCCGAGUCAUUUGCUCUGCAUCAGGCUGCUUGCUCAAUCAAUUCCUCCUCACCUGGCCUGAGUCCAUCUUCAGGGAACAAGGCACGAUUCACAGGGCGAAUAAAAACUGCUGUUCAAAGGAACCUGCUGGAGAACUUUGGGUUUGAAUGUGUUAUGCAGUUCAAUGAGUUUAAUCAGAGGCGAAUGAAGAAGGAAGAGGAAUCUGUAAAGAAGGAUGAUACAAAUGAAAAGGAAAACAUGCCAGAUAACAAUUCAAACAACUUGAGCGAACUGGAAAAUGGAGAAGUGAAAGAGCCCAAUGAAGGUGAUGAUGUGUCACAGAAUGUGAAGAUCGAGAAACAGGUUCACUUGCCAGAAAUGAAUAAAAGUAAAUGUAACAAAUGCAGCAAGCAGUUCUCAAGCGUUUGGGUCCUCAAAGCACAUGAAGAAGAAGUUCACAAAGAAAUUGUACCUCUGGAAAUUGUAGAGGAAGUCGGAGAUAAAUUUAAAUCUGACUUUGAGAAAAAGAUUCCAAAAGACUUACCUGCACCUGAAUUGCCUCCAACACCUGCACCCAUUACACCCAUACCAGAAGAAAAACAUGUCAAGCAGGAAAUGCCACCACCCCCUCCACCACCACCAAAUGCUGCACAAAUGCAGAUGGACAUGUUUCAGAUGAUGUUUGGAAUGGGCAUGCUGCCAAUGUCGAUGCCGUUAAUGAUGAACAUGAACACCCAAGCGUCCAUGAUGCCUAUGAUGAUGCCUCCACCAGGCCUUGAUAUGCAGUCCCCAACAUUACCAAACCUUCCCAUGGGCCCUGGUUCAGCCCAGUCUCGACAGAUUGAUGCCAAUCAGAAGAGGGCCAGAACUCGUAUAAAUGAUGAGCAGUUGAAAGUUCUUAGGGGCUACUUUGAUAUAAACAAUUCUCCUUCUGAGGAGCAAAUUCAGGCUAUGUCAGAACAAACUGGAUUGCCUAUGAAAGUAAUCAAGCACUGGUUCAGAAAUACACUGUUCAAAGAGCGGCAGAGAAAUAAGGACUCUCCAUAUAAUUUCAGCAAUCCUCCAUCUACAACUCUUGAUCUGGAAGAGUAUGAGAAAACUGGCAAACUGACAAUCAUUGAAGAUUCCAGCCUGCCUCCCUCUAAGAGCCCAAGUCCUGCUGUAAUGAAAACUGAGAGUGAGAUCAAGAAAGAAAAGCCGGAGCCAAUGGAAGAGUCAAAGUCCUCAAAACCUAUGGAGAAACCUUCUGAAACUCCAAAGAUUCUGCCCUCUGUAAUAGAACCAAGUAUAGUUGAAUCUGUCAAAAAGGAAACAGAACAAAGGAAGUCUAAUGAAGAAACAGCAAAGGUUACUGUAACUACACCCUCCUCAGCUUUGACUCCACCUCCAUCGAGUGAUAUUAAAUUUUCAAACCCUACACCUAUCAUACAGCAAUCCAUCAUGUCAACUCCAAAUGCUGGUAGCAGUUUCAUGCAGUCAUUUACCUCCAGUUUCUCUGGAAUGAGCACUCCAAGUUACCCUCCUGCAUCCACUACGCCAAACUCUUGCAUCUAUGACGGAAACUAUUCCCCACCAGGCGGAAGUUCAGCUGGGCGCCGAGCGAACAGAACAAGAUUUACUGAUUACCAAGUCAAGUGCUUACAGGAAUACUUUGAUCAGAACGCCUAUCCAAAGGAUGAUGAGCUGGAACAUCUGUCAAAAAUGCUCGGACUCAGUCCAAGAGUAAUCGUUGUCUGGUUUCAGAAUGCCAGACAAAAAGCAAGAAAGGUUUAUGAAAACCAGCCUGCUGAGAAUUCCAAAGAGUUUCCUGCCACUUCUCCAUAUAGUCGUACGUCAGGUUUGACCUACCAGUGUAAGAAAUGCCAGUCAGUGUUCCAGCGGUACUAUGAUCUGAUUCGUCAUCAGAAACGAAGCUGUUUCACUGAUGCUGAGAAACAAGACUCUCAUAUGCUCUCUGACGAUAGUGACUCCAUGUCAAAUGUUACCUCCCUGGAUAAUACGGCUUUCUCGGACUCAGAGUCUGAGUGUUCAAACAUGGGUCGCAGCAAGGAACUUAACAGCAGCAGUAACAGCGAUGGAAGUAAAAAGUUUCACUGUGAAAAAUGCGAUGUCUCGUUCAGUCAGUAUGACCAGUAUCGAGAACAUCAGAGCUUUCAUAACAUGUAUAUGAACAGUGCUUUUGGAAUGCUGCAAAACAUGGCUGCCAACAGUUCAAACAUGCAUGGUAUGAGCGACCAGUCCCCUAUCAAACGUAAAUAUGAAGAUGACCAGGAUGAUGAUCAUGAUCAGCCAAAAGAUAAACGACUACGCACCACUAUCUUACCAGAGCAGCUUGACUACUUGUACCAAAAAUAUCAGAUUGAUUGUAACCCCAGCAGAAAGCAACUUGAAGCUAUCUCCAAAGAUGUUGGUCUUAAGAAACGUGUUGUGCAGGUUUGGUUCCAAAACACGCGGGCCAGAGAAAGGAAAGGACAGUACAGAGCACAUCAACAACUCAUUCACAAGAGGUGCCCAAUUUGUAGAGCCCUGUUUAGGGCAAAAUCUGCUCUCGAGUCCCAUUUAGCCACAAAGCAUCCAGAAGAGAUGGCUAAGGGUGACAUCAACAUUGACGCCAUUCCUGACGCUGCUAUCGAGAGCCCUGUCCCAUCGUCGUCUGGUAUGGUUCCACCUUCCCCUGAUUACAGCAAGCUUCUGGCACCCCCAGCAAUGCAGGGGCUCUUGCCAUACAUGCCCCCAGUAAGCCUAGGUGGUCUUGCUUUCCCUCCCAUGCCCGAUCCCAUACAGAUGUCAAUGAAGCAGUUCUACGAGGAUUCCUUCAAGAAGUAUAUUAGCGAGCUGAGUUCAACGAGUCACACUCCAGUACCAGUAAAACCCAUGGCUCACGAAUAUACCUCCACGCCAAAGAAGAUUGAAACGAGAGUGUCCCUAGCUGAAGAUGAUGCUCCCCUAGAUCUCAGCAAGCCUUUAAAGAUGUCCACCCAGUCUGUAGGGGAAAAGAAUCGUGAGGGACCAACUUCUCAGUCCAGUUUUAGCAGUGAACAGAGCAGUGGUGAAAGACUUGCACCUGAACGUGAACGAGUUCGACAGAAUAGCGGCCGCAAUUCAGUUCACAGUAUUCUUGGCUCGGCCGUUGACCAAUCGUACAUGAUGAACAGGUUCAAUCAAGACCAGGCCAUUCACCAUGGUGGGGACCACGAUGAAGAGUUGUCUAACCUGAGCAACAUGAGCGGCAGCCCGGCCUCUCCCUCCCACAGCCAGUCCCAGUCUGGUCCUGGAAGCACGGGCGGGAAACGAUACCGUACACAGAUGACCAGUCUGCAGGUCAGAAUCAUGAAACAGAUUUUCCAGGACUACAAAACACCAACGAUGGCUGAAUGUGAGAUGCUUGGUCGAGUCAUUGGCCUCCAGAAACGAGUGGUACAAGUUUGGUUCCAGAAUGCUCGAGCCAAAGAAAAGAAAGCUAAACUCAACAUGAAGUCGUACGGAUCUGAAGCGGACUUCCCCAAGCCCCCAGAGGAGUGCACACUCUGUAACUUCAAGUAUUCACACAAGUACACCAUUCAGGAUCACAUCUUUACGAAGAAGCACAUUGAUAAGGUGCGUGAAUUCAUACAGACCCAGUCCGAUGCAGAGAGGGAGAUGUCUAACUCUGUGUCGUCGAUGGGAGGCGUGUCUGGUCUGAUGCAUACGUCGCAAUCUAAUGAUGUGGAUCAAAUGCGCAAAAUCAUGGAAGAAGUCAACUCCCAGAGUCAGCUUCACUCAAUGACAGGAAUGAAUUUCUUGCCUCCGGAAUUUCUUCAAGGUUCAAAGAAAGAGUCCACACCAAAGGAAAGUGAAAAAUCCUCUCGCAAAACUGAAGGUUCUUCACGCAAGGAAAACAACAAAAUGGGGAUGGCUGACUUUGGGCAUUUACAGGGUAUGUUUGGGGGCAUGAUGCCAGGAAUGGAUCCCGGAAUGUUCCCAUACAUGUAUACUGGACUGCCCGGUUUCUUCCCUGGACUACCCUCCCUUCCUCCUGGAAUGAUGCCAGGUGCUGAUCAGCUUCUGGGCUUUGACCCCAUGACCUAUGGCACCCCACUUCCACUGCUGCAGAUCCCCGCUCAGGCUAUCAAAGAUGUGAGCUCCAAACUCAGCGAGCCUAUGGCCAAGAUUGGUCAGUACACGCAGGACUGCAAGUCCAUCUCCAGUCUUCGGUCAAUGGUCAGUGGAGUGGACUACAGUCUGGCACAGGAAGCUACUGUCGAUGUUGGAUACAUCUGUAAGAAAUGCCACAUGGUUUACCCAGCGAAAGACGCGUGCAUCGCUCAUCAACGACUCAUGUGUUUUCCUGGCGGAAAAAUCCCAGAAGGGGUGAAUAUCACCCUGAAACUUGAACAAAUCCAGUAUGAAUGUAAACUGUGUAGUGAGAAGGUGUCCAUGGUGCAAGAGUUCAAAUCCCACUGUGACACCGAGGGGCAUAAGACCAAACUGGCGGUGUAUCAGCAGCAGAGGCAUGGCUCAUCAGGCGCAACUACUAAAUCUUCUGCUCCCUCUACGCAUUGAUACUGAACUCAUCUGAAAGACUGUGUUCAGGCAUAUUUGUCAGAAUAUUAAUCUUCACAAUAUCUAGGCCCAGUUCAUAUGCGAGUCAUGUAUAUCCAAAAAGUAGGUCAUCAAGUCAAACUAAGAAAAACUGUGUUACUAUUCUAAAGACUAUCUUUAUGACUGAAUCUUGAUGAAACUUGGUCAGAAAGUUAAUCUUGACUUUUUAUAUAGUCUGUGUCACAAUCUGGUUCACAUUUUUCCAAAAUAUAGGCCACCAAAUCAAAUCUUUGAGAACCCAUAUUACCAUUAUAGAAGCCCAAUUUAUGAUGGAGUCUCGAUCAAACAUGGUCAGAAUGUUUAUGAUAAUAAUAUCAAUGCCAUGUUUUAACUCUUUCAGUGCUGGAACCGAAUUUUAAAGUCCUUUGCAAACAGUUUGAAUCCAGAUGAGACACCACAGAACGUGGAGUCUCAUCAGGAUCCAAACUGUUUGCUAUUCUGAUAGUAUUCUUUGAAAAAAAAGAGAAGAAAAUGCUAAUUUUAGAAAUUCAGCAGACAACAUUUUAACAGAUGACAAAUUUCCCAGCAUGCAAAGGGUUAAUCUGGGUCAAGUGGGCUGAAAAACUACUUAAGCAGGUCAAGGUUUUGACCAAUAGUAUACCUUGAACUCAGGUGAGCACUUCAAGGACAUUAUGGUUGCUAUGGUGACUAGGCCCUCUUGUUUAUAUUGCCAAAGUUGUGAAGAGAUGAAAUUUCUUCUGGUUUUUCGUCAAAAUGUUGUGGUCAUGUAUUGUUGUACUAAAUUUGUAUGUUUAUUCAUGUUAUAUUAGCGGAUAAACAAUUUUAUUACAAAAAAGUGUGAGGUUGAUAUAGUUAUGUGAUGUUAUGUGCAUGUUCUUUUUAUUGAAAUCCACAUUUAAGGGGUGUCAAUGUUGUUGUUGUUUUGGUUGAUUUUAGAAUUGCAUCUACAGCUCAAAGCUGUUUUGUAUUAACUGAAAUCUGUUGUAACACAGUAUUCAUUUAAUUAAUGUAUUGUUGCUUUAAACAAAGUUCCAUUUUGUAAACUCCUAGUGCUGAUGAUUAUCAGUUCUUUCAUAUUAUUAUGUUCACAUGUAUGUGUAUAUUACAUAAAAAUGUAAACGAAUCUACAUGUAAUGUCAUAAUUAAAACAUAUAAAUAGCAUUGGUAAAUACAAGUUUUGCCUGUAGAAAACAUUUGGUUAAUGCAUUCAAAAUUAUGUUUAUGUUCUGUACAUAUAUUUCAUAAUGGGAAUUUACUAAAGCCAAAUGUACCAGGAUCAUAACUUUGUUCAUAAUUUGAAUGUGUGUGUUUAAUUAUCUGUUACAUUGUUUAGUUAUUCUAAUUUUAUAUGUGUUACACAUUGGUUAUGAACGUUUAACAAAACAGGAAUCUGAUUAAAGUCAGUUUGCAGGUAAAAGCAGUGUACUUGUGAGUUACUGCAAUAGCUUUUACAUUAUAAAUCCAUGAUAAAAUGUGCUCAUUUUAUUUUGCCUAAAAUGCACUUUAUUAGUGCAUAUUAAUCAUUGUCAAAUAUGCCAUUAUAUGUGCAGAUGGAUGACACAAAUGAUUCAACUUUGAUCAGAAAUUGAAGUUGAAGUCAAUUAAAGACUCUAUUGUUUCAUCUGUUUAUCAUUUAAUUAAGUGUACAUAUUUUAGUUGUUACUCUUGUGCAGGUAUACUUUAUAAAUAUAUAUAUAUAAAUGUGCCAGAUUACAAGAUAAACAAAUCUGAGCAUGGUUAUUUGUUUUCUUUUGUAUUGUUAUAUUUUACCUUUCAUUAUAUUCGCAUUUAAGAGACUUAAUCUGUAUAGUUUUGUUUAUUCUGCUAUUGUGUAGUAAUAUUUUAUUAAUAGUUAAUUAAGGAAAACAACACUCUUAAAGGCUAUAUUUUGCAAUAUUUGCAACACUGACAUAUUCAUACAGGGUUGUUUCACAUUUAUGUUUACACAUUUGUUGUUUCUAUCUUUCCUCCUUGUUUUUUACAUUUUGCAUAAAAAUAUUCAUAGCAAGUUCUGGUUGUGUAUUAUAGUUUUGAAGUUCUAAGAAGCCAUGAAAAACUAUCUGUUAAAAUUUAUUUGUAAUGACUCGACAUAAAUUGACAGAAAUUUGUUGAUGAUAUAUACAUGUAAGUGAACAUUCUUUUCAGAGAAUUGUUUGGCAAUUUUUUAAUUAUGUUGUCUUUCUUCUUUUAUAAAAUGUACAUUUAAGUACAAGUUGUUCAUAUUUUUUUAAAUUCAAAUAAGAUUUGUUUUUCGAAAGAAAAUCAUAGAUCGCAUGUUUAUUUGUCUGUAAGUGGUGCUUUUAUAUUUUCUUUAAAUUUGCCUUCUUUUUUACCGUUUCCUCUUCUAGUCUUUUGUGUUAAAUAGAUGUAGAAAUUUCCAUUUUAUUUUCUGUGCAAGAUAUUUACAAAUACACAAACACGUGUUCAGUUUUUUUUUCAUGUACACUUUCUACAUUCAGCAUUUAAAGAAACUUAAGAAGUGAUAUAGUUAUUUGCAGUCUGUUUAUGUGAACAUUAUUGCGUGUUGAUAUUUGUACUGUUGGUUCUUUGACCGUUAGCAGUAUUCAAGUCGAUUACAUUCCUAGUUAAAAAACUGUGUACACACACUUUAAGGAUUGUCUGUGUUGUAAUUCAAUGUUAGAGACAUAGCAUUAUUCUUUUCUUUGUUUGCAGUUAUGAUACUGCAUAAAUUUGUCACAAUUUAAAAUUGUAAAUGAUUUUUUUUUUCAAUUUUGAAUCAUGAUGAAUAUUUCUGUCUGUUGUCACUGGUAGAAUUUUUGCAACUUUUGGUAAUUCAGUAUCUGAUCUAUGAACGAGUCUUUGCAAAACGUAAGCCUGAUACAUGUGCAUAAAGUGCUUUCCCAGAUUAGCCUGUGUAGUCCAGACAGGCUAAUCAGGGACAAUUUUUUCUGCUUUAAUUAAUUUUUUGUUUAAAGCAAGUUUCUUUAAAAAAAAAUUGUAUGUGGAAAGUUUUGUCCCUGAUUAACCUGUGGAGACUGCACAUGCUUAAAUGGGGUGAAACGUUUCGCACAUGCAUUAAGCCCUGUUUUCCCAGAACAAGGCUUAUACUGUUAAGCUGGUGCAGUUAUCGUACACACCGUCAUCAGAUCUGAGGAAUCUCAAUAGAAAACAAAAGUCUGUGGAUCUGUAGUACAACUCUUCAUUUUGUUGAUGACUUCACAUGGGCAGAGGCAACACAAGUUCUCUUAUGAAUAUCUGAAUGGGAACAAAAUCUCUUCAUAGUUUUUAUCUGAUUCAUAAUACUGACUAAUUGUAGCAGUUUUCUUGAUCAUACAAAAGUACAUUUAUUUACAAAAGAAAUGCCAACCUGAUAACAUAAACAGUAUGUGAUAAAAUAAUCUUUAAGGUUUUAGGAAUUUAUGUUUCAAUUUCGUAUAUGACAUUCAUUCUAGAAAGGUCUGUUGAAACAAAACAAAUGCCAAUGUGUCUUUUCAUUUAAAAAAUAUACAAAACUUUUCUAGCCAUUUAAUAUAUCACAUGGGUGCAAUAGUAUCAUAUUUGUGUGGAGAACAGCAUUAUUAAAGAGUUAGGUGUACUUUCCAUAAUUUGUAUGAAUUAUCUAAUAUUUUUCAUAUAAAGAUAAAAUAAAUUUAGCUCUAAUAUCAUAGUCUAAUUGCAUCUUCAAUUGAUCCUAACAGGAACUAUUGUUGUAUGUGUAAGAUAAAAAACAAGGCAAACUUUAUCUGUUUUAACAAAGUAUACCAAAGAAACUGCCUUGCACACGAAUUCAGCUUGUCUUCCAAAUGUUCACAUAGAGUAGUAAAUGGUCUAUAUUUGUAAAGAUUUUUUUUAAUUCUAUAACAUCUACUUAUAUUUAGUGUAGGAAGUCUAUUGUUUUGAGUGGCACACUGUCUUUGUAUGUGGUUUACAUGACAACUUUUAUUAAAUGUUAUGCAUGUUUGUAAAAUGAAAUUCAAGUACAUGUACACGUAAUAAGACUGUUAAUAAGAUCGAUAUAAGUCUAAGCAGUUGACACUGUGUGCUUUUAAAGCCAAAUUGUAAAAUCUUUCUCUACUGUCAUAGGUGUUUGUCUCUGCAACAUUUCAUAGAAAAGUAUUUCUGUUCAUUACAGUUCUUUUGUAAAUGUAUGUACAUAUUUACCAUAAUAUGUUUUUCAUACUAAUAUCACCAUCAGACAUCAAUGUACUCUUAUUAAUGUAUAUCAUCAUGUUUUAUAUGAAUAAUAUUUUCUUUCCAUAUUUCUUUAAGCUAUACAUAAUUAGAAUAUUAUAUUAUACUAACAUGUAGAAAAUCCUCAGUUGGCAUAAUCAUCAUGUUCAAAUCCAGCCAUUUUGAUUUACAAACUCUGUCAAUAGCCAAAUGCAUUUAUCUUCGCAUCUGUUUAUUACGUCUAGAUUCUUGUUAUUACAUUUUUCAGCAGUUUCUUGUAUUUCGUAUUUAGUUACUUUGUAUUGCAAUUGUUCUGUAGUCCUUAAAUGUAUACAUAGUUAUUGAUAAUAUACAUAUUAAUAUGUUCAUGGUACCAUUUUUGGUAUGCAUAAUUUUAGACUAUUUUCAAGAUUUAUUCAGUAGUCUGCUUCGCAAAAUAAAUCAAUCAUAUUUACAA